AUGGAACGACAUGUGAGAAAGCACACCGGAGAACGUCCAUUCGUUUGUCAAGCAUGUGGAAAAGCUUUCUCGCGUAAAGAGAGUUUAAAAUGUUCAUACACUACAUUUAAUAAAGGUAUGAUGGAAAGACAUACGAGAAAGCACACUGGAGAACGUCCCUUUCUUUGUCAAGCAUGUGGAAAAGCUUUCUCUCGUAAAGAUGGUUUAAAAUAUCACACAAUUCAAGCUCAUUCAGAAAUUUUAUAA